AUGGUAAGCAGGUUUAUGCGAUGCGCGGCGAAAGCUGCUGAAAAGGCAGCUGCGCGUGAUAGCACUGCUACUCUUGACAAUGCCCAGUCUUUCGCGGCAGACGACGCUUCGUCUGCUGUCGCUGCAACUCUUUCUGCAGCUCCAGUUGCUGCAGAGGCACGUGGUGGUUCACCACGUGCAAAUGAUGAUUUCUCCCGAAUGGAGCUCAUCUAUUCCGGGGAGUGGGACGGUAAAUCCGACUCGACGAAGACGUCUAGUUCGCCCUAG